GCAUAACCAUCGUUUGUUUUGCUUGUGUGUAGUAAUCAUUCUAUUAGAUGUUCUAUGUACUAACAUUUUUACUGCAGUGUAAUGACAGAAAGAAGACUUUUUGAUAAUGAUUCACAGCUCUUCAUCAUGUAUACAUAUAUGUAUAAAUCUUUUUAAUUAAUUUGGGAGUUCUUGUGUACCGAUACAGGUUAGUUUUAAGAAUCAAGUCCAAGAAAUAUUUGCCAUUAACAGUUAAUCAAUGAAUUGGGUUAGUCAUAAAUUUGAUUCAUAGAAUAAGUCAAUAGUUCACAGAUCAUAUACUUAUUUCAAAAAAAGUGAAACUAUUGAGCGCAAUGUGGGCUACUAAAACUCCUUCUUUAAGAAUUGAUGCUGCUGAUUUAAAAUGCAAAAAUGGUUGUGGUUAUUAUGGCAAUGAUGAGUGGGAAGGAUAUUGCAGUAAAUGUUAUCGUGAAUAUCUUCAAAAGAAGCGAGCACGUGAAACUAAAUUACAUCACCAUGAAACAGAUUCGCCUUCAAAACCAGAAACCCAAAGUGCCAGCAGGAGUGAAGGAAAAAAACUUCAACAGGAAAAAAAAAAUAAGCUAUUGAGUAUAUCAACAUUUUGGAAACCUCCUCCUGCUAAAUCUCAAAGUUAUGAUGAACUGUUGAAAGAACUUAUACAUAAUAACGAAGAUCUUGAUAAAGUAAAAGCUGAGAAUCGAGAUCUUAUGUCAAUGAUUGCUGGUACACCAGUUGAAAAAGAUUUAAAGAAAUGUAUUCAUUCAUUAGUUAGCAAUAUUUUACAAAACCGCAAUGCUAAAAAAAUCGAAGAAUUAUCGGAAAUAACUCAAAAUUUCUACCAAGUAUUUGUUAAACGAAUGGAAAAUAGUCCAAAUUAUGCAAGCAUUACAUCACCUAAAAUUAAAGAACGUCUUUUAGACUAUGUUGAAAGGUAUUCAAUGACCCUACUUUAUAGGGUGUUAUUUUGUCCUCCUUUUACUACUGAUGAAGAGAAGGAUUUAGCUAUUCAAAAAAGAAUCAGACAACUAAGUUGGGUAAGUGGGAAAAAUCUAGAAUGUAGAAUCCAUGAAACUAGUCCUGAAGUAAGAGAAUUAGUAUAUACAUCAAUAACAGAUUUAUUAAACAUGGAUUCUGUUAAAGCUCCGCAAGAAAAGCUUGCAUGUGUUGUUAACUGCUGCAGUAAUAUUUUUCAAUUGCUGCAACAAUCUGUUGGUGGUCCAGCAUCUGCAGAUGAAUUUCUUCCUGCUUUAAUAUUUAUUGUAUUAAAAGCUAACCCAGCUAGACUUAAAAGCAAUAUAAAUUUUGUUACAAGAUUUUGUAAUGCUAGUCGGUUGAUGACGGGUGAAGGCGGUUAUUAUUUUACUAAUUUGUGCUGUGCCGUUUCUUUUAUUGAAAAUGUAACAGCAGAAUCUUUAAACAUGAAUCAAAAGGACUUUAACGCUUAUAUGUCAGGAGAACGUGUGCCAGCAAAUACCUGGGAGUCAGCUUUAACUAUUUGUGAGAGUUUACAUAUGAUGUGUGAAGACAUUACUUUAUUGAAUGAACUGAAAACAAAAAAUAAUGAAAUAGUUCGUGAAGCAUUGGUUUUAAAAAACGAAAUAAUUGAGUUUCAUGAAAGAAUAAAAAAAGAAGUUCAUGAUGCCAGAACAAAAUCUCCUUUAAUUAUUUCGAAAAGUCAGCGAGUUCCUAUGAAUCUUGAUUGUGAUGACAUGGAAUGUUAUAAACUGCCACCACCAAUAAUUCCACAAGUUUAUUCUGAGUGUAUGAAUACGAACGAUGAUGUUGAUGGAGAUGAUAGUACACAUCAAUCGGAAUUUAAAAAUCAUUCUGCAGACGACUGUAUUACUCCUUCACCAACGUUUGAUUUUCCUCCAUUUGUAGAUUGUUGUAUUGAUUCUACAACCAAUCCUGACGAUGUCACAAGUCUGAUAAGUUUAGAUGCUCAGUGUUGUAAUUAUUCAAGUAUUGAUAAUCAUGACUUAGAAAAUGAAAUUCAAAAUAACAUGGUAAAUAACGCUCGUGAAUCACCAGUAUUAUUAUUGAAUACAUUGUCAUCAUCAAAUUUGAAUUCUACUUCACGUUUAACUGAAGAAGAAAAUAAUUACCACGGAUUUACACUUCAGGGUUCAACAAUCCCUACGAUACCUUGUAAUACUGGUGAUUUAUCAACUCAUAAUAACUCAUCUGAUACUAAUUCUGAUCGUUACCAAAAUCACUUCCAAAAUAUUUAAUAGUAUACUUCAGUUCAAAUUCUUAUAUGCAUUCAUUGAUGCUUACUCUAUGGCAGUUUAAUACACUUGAUAAUAAUCGUGAUUUACCAGCUAGAAUUAAGUGUUUGUUAUUAACAAUCAACCAAAAAUUUUCUUAGCAUUCGAUACCACUUUUGUUACUAAAAUAGUAUAUUCAAAUGAGAUAAAUAAAAAAUACAGUAGCAAUGGUAGAAAUAUCAUUAUUACAAAUAAUGAUAAUAGUUUAAUUUUGAGUGAUUAUUUAGAAAGCGAUUAUAAUUACUUAUAAAAAAGUGGAAAAUUCUUCGACACAAAUAACGAUGACUAAUUAUUAAAAUAAUUUGCAAAGUCAAAGUUUGCCAUAAAAGUUUAUUUGUUGAUGAAUUUGAAAAAUUUUGUGAUUUACAAGUUCCCAAAUUAGACGUUUUUCGAUAUAUAUUAAAGAAUUCGAAAAGAAAAUUUGGAAUUAAUUUAUUCAUUUUCAGAAAUAAGUACAAAAAAAUAAAAUAAUAAAUAUCAGAAUUAGUGAGAUUAAUAAAAAUAAUUGUAAAAUGUUCGUUUUAACUUUUUUUUAUUAUUUGAUAACAUGAAUUAUUUUAU